AUGUCUCAAAAUGAGCAAAAUGAGACUCACAGCGAGGAUGAAGAUAGCGAACCAUAUAUGCUUCUCCCUGAUGUGAGCUCAGAUGAAAUGCAUCUUGUUAUUGAAGGUUCAGAAAAUGAAGAAGUUAAACAAAUCAACGAAAAAGUAACAAAUGGAUCAGCGGAUAUGAAUGUAAUUCCUUCUUCUCAAUGCUGCUUAUUAGUAUAA